AUGCUGUACAGUGAUGAGCAUGUUCAUCACGCCGACGAGAAAUUUGGGCGAUUUAAACAGCCAAGGAUGCUAAAAUACAGCGUUAGGAACCUCGCGCUGAUACACAAGUUUUCAACGGAGAUAUAUAAAAGUCUAGGUAUUUCCAUGAGUUCCUGCUGCAUGGGAUCCUUGCUCCGGCCGCCUUACAUAUCGCAGCUAAAAACCGACUCGGACAUAGCCUUAUCCUACCUGGACACUGCUCUACACUACAAUAGCUUGUCCUUUGGACCCUUUCGCAAAGCACUCAAGCAGUUAGCUAGCACCGCAUAA